GGCUGGACUCUGCUGGGUGUUGCCGGGUGGUGCCAGAGCGCCGUGUCCCCAGGGCCGGGCGCGGCUGCGGGCUGGGUUCGCGCCGAGCCACGCGUCGGCAGCCAAUAGGAAGGGAUUCCUCCAAGACGCGUGACCUCACUUCCCAAAACGAGAGAAAAUUCAUCCGGUUACAUUUGUCGUCGCCAACAAUUGCGGGCUAAUUAGGUAAGGGGCGAGCUCCUAUGCGGCGCCCGUGAGGAGGAGGAGGAGGAGGAGCGCGAGGAGGAGAGGAUGGACACCCCGGUGAAGGAAGCGUUAUCUGCCGUCAGCGACGAGAGCCCAUUGUUCGACCCUUCCUUUGGGAGUGCGCGUGCACAAACGCCAGAAAUGACCGCGUCCUCAUCCUCCUCCGGGGCCGACUACGACCCGGCCGCCAAAACAACCCACCAGCAGCAGCACCACCAGCAACCCCAUCACCAGCACCAGCAGCAGCAGCUCCAGCCCCAGCAGCAGCAGCUCCAGCAGCACGAAUGGCUGCUCGCCCAGGCGGGCCGCGUCACGGUCAAGCGCGAGUGCGAGCACGCGAACGGCGUCGCGUCCAGAGAGGCGCCGGUGGACUGCAGCGUGACGAAGAGGGCCAAGGCGGCAGCGAGCGGCGGCGGGGACGCAUCGCAGCUGGGCUACGGCUACGUGGAGGAGAAGGGCUCCCCGCCUCCCCCCAACAUGACCACCAACGAGAAGCGCGUCAUCGUGCCCGCGGACCCCAUGCUGUGGAGCGCGGAGCACGUGCGCCAGUGGCUGGACUGGGCGGUGAAGGAGUACGCGCUCGUGAGCGUGGAGGCGCCGCUCUUCCACUCGCUGGAUGGCAAGGAUCUGUGCAAGAUGACCAAGGAGGACAUGGCGCAGCUCACCUCGGCCUACAACGCCGACAUGCUGCUGUCCCACCUCAACUACCUUCGCGAGAGCAGCUCAUCCUUGACGUACCCCAGCGUACCGCCCUACCCCGAGCAGGCAGCACAACCCCCGCCUAAAGCUGAAGCCGGAGCCGCGGUCCCGGCGGUCAACAAACCCGGAGAGCAGAGGCCCCAGCCGGAUCCGUACCAAAUACUGGGUCCCACGAGCAGCCGACUCGCCAACCCAGGGAGCGGCCAGAUCCAGCUGUGGCAGUUCCUGCUCGAGCUGCUAUCAGACUGCGCCAACGCGGGCUGCAUCACGUGGGAGGGCACCAACGGCGAGUUCAAGAUGACCGACCCGGACGAGGUGGCGCGCCGCUGGGGCGAGCGCAAGUCCAAGCCCAACAUGAACUACGACAAGCUGAGCCGCGCGCUGCGCUACUACUACGACAAGAACAUCAUGACCAAGGUGCACGGCAAGCGCUACGCCUACAAGUUCGACUUCCACGGCAUCACGCAGGCGCUGCAGCCUCACCCACCGCCCGAGCCCGGCGCGUACCGCUACCCGGGCGAGCUCUCCUACGCGCAGGCCUCCUACCACCAGCACAAGGAAAACUUCGCCGGCGCCGCCCCACCGCCGCCCCACGGCCCCGUCUCGUCGCCCGCCGCGUUCGGUGCCGGCAACCCGUACUGGAGCGCGGCGGCCGCGGCCGCGGCGGCGGCGGCGGCCGGGGGAAUGUACGCGACGCAGGCUGCCAUUCCUCGGCACCCGGGCGCGCACGUCGCCUCACACCUCAGCUCCUACUACUAAGCCGGGGGGCGGCUUCGCGAGGCCGGGGCGAGCCGAUGGCGGCCCCGCCCGUGGGUCACGAGGGGGGCCUCCGCAACGACUUGCCAAGGGACGAGGUCCCCCUUUCCGCUGGGGCACGGCCGAGGCGAGCCAGCGCCGUACGGGCGGUUUUCCCACUCAUGUUACUUGCCGUGCCGGGCCCUAACCGAACCGUGCGAGACGUUCCGGCUCAGAGGCCAAGCAGGGCCAGGGGCGGGGCCAACGACGCAUUCGCUGGGUGUGACGUCGGCACGCCGUAGGGACGCGGCGUCCGCGUUGCGCGUGCGACGUCGGCGGCGCUGCGCAGCUUCUGCGGUGGAAACAAUAACGGGGCUGGCUCGACUGUGCAGCGGGAAAGAGGUGCCGAGACUGGUGAUGUCUGUGCGGGCAAUAGAUGUGGACGUCACAGAGAACAGCAGUUGAAAUGUAAUCCAUGUUUUUUAAAAUGAAUACGAUGCCAUGAUAGUUGGGGGCUGGGGAGAGCGAGUGUUAUGUGUAAACAAAUGAGAGAUGCAAUGUAACACACGGUGUAUGCAGAACAGGUAACAUAGGUGAUACAAGUUGUAUUUUUGUCCCAACCAUCGAGUAUUCCAGCAAACUGGAUCAAAAUAACAAGAAUAUUUUUCUAUCGCAGAUUAAAUCGCCGCUGGAGAGUUUGUAGCGCCACGCACCGAUUCCGCACGCGGAGGCGCAGGGAAAACCACAGAUGGGUGGGAGGGCAGCCAGAGCCAGUGCCACCAACAAUUGCCUGAGCUCUGCGGUCCUAUUUUAGGAUGUUGAGCCAACUCCGUCGAUGAGCGUCGUUUAUACGCGAGUCUUGUGGAACACCGUCACGUGCCAUUAAGGUGGCAAUUCUUGCAACUGAUGCGAGUUUAUGCAGCAGUGGAGAGAAGUCAUUAAAUGACAACAACAAUGCUACAACAAUGCUAUAAUUGUUGUCAAUGCUAUAAUUGUUGUCAUUCAAUGUCAUUAAAUGACAAUGCAAUUAUUGUUUUGAUCACCACGCAACCCAACUCGUGAAACCAAAGCGAUAACCGAGAGUGCUUUACACGGAACACGAGCGUGGACAAUCAGGGAUCGGGAUGUGCAUCUCAGCUCAGUGAUCGACGCCAGAGAAGCUCACCCACAAUGGGGGUAACCUCACUCUAUAGGUGCCCCCUCUCUAUAGGGCCCCCCUCAUUCCGCAGGGACCCCCUCACUUUCGCAGGGCCCCCCUCUAUAGCCCCCCCCCACUCCACAGAGGGCCCCUCACUCUAUAGAGCCCGCUCACUCCGCAGGGACCUCCGCCCACUCCGUAGGACCCCCCCCCACUCCGCAGGGACCCCCUCACUCUAC